UGUCUUUUUUUUAUUCUUAUUUGUUUUGUAUGGAAUGGAUAAAUUAAUGAUUUUUAUUCCUGUUCUAUUACGCAUUUGAUAAAUUUAAAGUAUUCCUUUUAAUUACUGUAAUCGUAGCUUUAAAGUAAACAAUAGACAUCGCUAAUAACCGUUGAAUUGAUGAAAAUAAAAUAGUAAUCCAUGCUGCACAGCAAUGAGUGAAACCAACGCCCCGACGAAUGAUUCGUCCGGCCGCGAGAGCCCCAGCAUCCUCUUGGGAGAAUCACCAGGUAGUCCCAAUAUCCUGGACCCACCCUCACCUGACACCCCUCCAGCAGUAUGGCAGGAUGCCCCAAUAGAUAACCUUCGAGUCUCUGAGGCACUAACUCAACAAGACGAGAGCAAUGACUCAUCCGUAACAGUUAAUUAUGAAGCUGAAAACAGCAAUAGUAAUGCAGCUUACCCAAGAUUAGGUGUGGUGGUUGAGAAUUCUAUUUUAGAAUUCCCAAACUCAACCAAUGAAGACAGCAAUGCCAGUACCGCUUUACAAUCUACUGAGGAAUCUAGUUUAAUUUCUUUACCUGAAUCAACUGUCCGUAAAAACAGUGAGAGUAAUGAAGAACCGCCAGCGAAAGUUAGGAAAAUCAGUUCUCCAAACAAAUCAGACGAGAUGGACGGAGAAACUUGCCCUAUUUGCCUCGAUUCUUGGGGUAAUUCCGGGGAACAUAGACUAGUGGCUUUAAAAUGUGGACAUUUAUUUGGUUCCCAGUGUGUAGAGAGAUGGCUUAAAGCACAACCAGCAAAAGAUCGAUCCUGUCCUACGUGCAAAAGUAAAGCUAAUGUUAGGGACAUAAGGUACAUAUAUGCAAGACGGCUCGUAGCAGCAGACACAUCUCAGAUCACAGCGCUGCAGCAACAGCUUGAUGUAAUUCAAUCAGAGAAAAGCAGAACGGAACUAGAACUACAGAAAUCGAGAAUAGCACACCGCGCUUGCAUUUUACAGUUAGACGUUUUGAGAAGUACUUUAAUGAAAUCGCAAGUCACCAAAGAGCAAUCUAUAAGGAGAUCUUGGAGGUUUGCUUUGGAGAAGAAUCUAGAAAUAUGUAAAGAUGGAGGCUGUAGAGUCCUCACAUACAAUUGCCGAACGUAUGAACUUUAUGUGUCACAAAAAAGUACGUGUCUAUUCCCAGGUUAUGGAAUUAGGAAAGUCAGUUGUGUAGAUUAUAAGUUAGGACAAUUUGUGCUAUUACAUCCUAAACCUAUCAGGGAUAUUACUUACUCGCAGCCUCGAGACUUAUUAUUGAGUGUUGGUUUGGACAGUGCGGCGAGAAUUGUCGAAAGAGGUAUACCGAGCAUCACAAUUCCCACUGGUUUCCCUCUCUGGUCUUGUUCGUGGGACUACUUGAGGAGUAACGAGUUUUAUGCCGGUGGCGUGGGAGGAGUCAUCCAUCAAUACGAUGUUAGAAACACAAGUUCUUACAUACAAAGACUAUCAGCGCCCGGUGAUAUGUCGCCGGUCGUGUCACUCUGCUCAACUGAAUUCGGUCUGCUGUCGUGCCAAUUAAACUCAUGCUGGUUAUGGGUAGCCAACAGGCGGCAGUGGGAGCCCCGUUCGUUGCCAAUCGAAGGGCCCUUCAUGUCGCUAUGUUACGACAACGAGUCUCAUCGUGCGUUGAUAUCCUGCAGACCCGGAGGGAGCAGUUCUGACCGGUCGAGAUUGACGAUCUGCAAAUUGAAGGCCUCGGUGCCGAGUGGAGAAGUACUAUUUGAUACCGAACAAACGUUCGCAGGGUCAGCGCGGUCGUCGUUGCUCUCGAGACCUACGUGGGUCCGUGCACCUGGAGCGAGUUGGAUCGCCGCACAUUCAGAAAGUGAUUCAACAUUAUACCUUCACGGAGUGGAUGGUUCUAGAACAAUGUCGUUGCCCGCCGCUGAGCCAGCAUUGGACGUGUGCUCGGUGCAAUUAAAUGGAAAUAUCGUUUUAGGAGCACUAUCAGAGUCAAGACUUAGGUUAUACAAAGCUGUGGCAACGAACUCAUGAUGUACAGAAACAGUAGUGUGAUGUAAAAUCUGAAUUAAACUAUGUACGCUGUAGCAUGAUGCGGGUGACAGUUGCUAAAUUUAAGUUACUACAGUUAUUAAUGAUUUAAUAUAUUACGAACUAGCUGUACCCGCGACUUCGUCCGCGUCGAAUUUAACUUUAUUUUUCUAAAAUGAAAGUAGCCUAAGUUACUCCUUAUUAAAUCAGCUACCUGCUAAUAAGGUCCCGUCAAAAUCC